GAGAGCGAGAUCAAACGUUAACUUUUUAAAGAAGUACGUCUGCAUCUCGAAUUAUUCUUAUCUUUCAUUCGUCUUAUAAUAUGCUAGCAAGCAACCUUUUUUGUAUGCUUGUUUUUUCUUCCUUCGCACCUUUUCUUUUGUCUAGCUUCCAGGACGACUUCGCGCAGCUUCCGUUAUCGUGCCUACGGCGGCUGCGACGAGGCAAUCCAGUAACGGGUCGUGCGGUGGGCGAGGACGAGCGUCGUGGCGAAGUUUUCUCUGUGUUGGGAAGGAGAGGGCUGGGGCCGCCGCCGCCAUGGAGACGCUCUACCGGCUGCCGUUCACGGUGCUGGAGUGCCCCAACAUCAAGUUGAAGCGGCCGAGCUGGGUGCACAUGCCUUCGGCUAUGACCGUCUAUGCCCUGGUGGUGGUCUCUUAUUUCCUCAUCACGGGAGGAAUAAUUUAUGAUGUGAUUGUGGAACCUCCCAGUGUUGGCUCAAUGACCGAUGAACACGGACAUCAGAGACCCGUGGCCUUCUUGGCAUACAGAGUAAAUGGGCAGUAUAUUAUGGAAGGACUUGCCUCCAGCUUUCUCUUCACAAUGGGAGGCCUAGGUUUCAUCAUACUGGACCGUUCCAAUGCACCAAAUAUCCCAAAACUGAACAGAUUUCUGCUGCUUUUUAUUGGAUUUGUCAGCGUCCUGUUGAGUUUCUUCAUGGCCAGAGUGUUCAUGCGGAUGAAAUUACCGGGCUAUUUAAUGGGUUAGAUCUGUCUGUGACCGACUGCGAGCACAACUUGGAUUCUCUUGUUGUCCAUGAAGAACAACAGGCAGCAAAAACUCUGGCCCAUCCCUCCUGUUUGAAGAGAUAAGAAAAAGAAAAGUGGCUAAGGGAAGGACUGCUUUCUAAUUUUCUCUUGUAGAAAAAGAAGCAUUUUUUGCAAGCAAUUAGUUUUAUUGGCAAAUGUAUGUCUCUAUUCCCUCCCUUCACAGAGAACAAAGUAUUUGGAAGUAUUAACAAGGCAUAAGCAUAUGGAGUAGAAAAUGUGAAAUUGUUGCCCUUUUCAUAUCCUCCCCCCCCCAAGUGACUAGAGGAAAGUCAUAUCAUUUUGUUUCAUCAUACUUGCCCUAGUAUUCUCUCUACUUGUGAGAGGCUUUUUUUGUCAAUUAGGGUAAAUAUAUAUAUAUAUAUAUAUAUAUAUAUAUAUAUAUAUAUAUAUAUAUAUAUAUAUAAAAAUUGAUCUUUUCUGUGUCUAUAAACGGAAAUGACUUGGGUAAUUACGUAAUUGGUUUUACAAUGGGGCAAUUCAGGUAGAAUUCAGUAGAUGGCGCUGUAUUCUUGGAAAAAGCUACCCAGACUGACUUACUGCACUGAUUACCUAUUGGGUAGACUGGCGUUUGGGGGGUGGAGUAGAGACGUCUGGAAUUGGAUUCCUAAUUCUCUUCCCAACCCAGUCUCCUGUGCCGGACUGCUAUUUGGUGAUGAAAAAUAAACAGAAACAGACACAGUCAGAUGAAAAUGAUUUUUGUGCAAAAGUAGUUCUUUUGGAAAACACAUUUUAAAGUGGACAAAUUAAACACAUUUUCUAUUAAA